AUGGCAACCCUGGAGCCCUACAAGGGCAACUAUUACCUAUGGAAAUAUCUACCUUCUCUCGAGGGUGCAGCUAUUUCUGCUGCCUUGUUUGGCAUCGCCACCAUAGCCCAUACCUUGCGGCUCUCCAAAAACCGAAGCUGGUUUGCCAUACCCUUUCCCAUCGGCGGAAUAAUGGAAGUUAUCGGAUUUGCUACCCGAGGUGUCGCAAGAAAGAAAACCGGCCAACUGAUGCCGUAUGUCAUUCAGAAUACCCUAAUUCUUCUGGCUCCCGUCCUUUUCGCGGCCUCGAUUUAUAUGACGCUCGGUCGACUCAUUCGCAUGACCAAUGGCGAGCGCCAUUCUAUCAUUAGCUUAAAGUGGCUCACCAAAAUCUUUGUAACUGGCGAUGUCCUCUCGUUGAUGGUCCAGGGAGGUGGCGCCGGUAUGAUGGUUAUGGAUGACUUUGCCAAGAUGGCGGAGAAGAUCGUGAUAGGGGGGUUACUGAUCCAGAUCAUCAUCUUUGGGCUUUUCAUCAUCACCGUCACCAUGUUCCACAUUCGAAUGCGUGGGGAUCCGGUCAGCAAGCACACCUUGGCUGGCGGCUUCGACUGGGAGCCGACAAUUUGGAUGCUCUACAUCGUUAGUGUGCUCGUCAUGGGUCGUUCAAUCUUUCGGGUGGCAGAAUUUGUCAUGGGUAACGAUGGAUAUCUUCUUUCUCACGAAUGGCCUCUCUACCUCUUUGACGCACUGCCGAUGUUUGCGGUGAUGGCUGUGUUUUGGCAUUGGUGGCCG